AUGAAACGCAAACGAUACGAAUCAACAACAAUAUCAAACAAGAUUUUAUGUCUAAAAAAUGGUUCGAAUGUUGAAGUACAACUUGACGAUGGAAAAUGGCAUUCAGGAAUAAUUCUUGAAUGUCAACUAAGAAAAUAUCUUGUUCAAGUUGAACAACAACAAUAUUGGAUUGAUUUGGAUCUAAUAAGACCAAAUACAAUUGUUGAUCAUAAACGUAGUGUACCAUUUGAAUAUCGUCCCGGUCAAUUUCUUCGUAAUGAAACGAAGUCCAGAAACAAAAUAGUAUCUGAUGAAAAGGUUUUAUCAUCUUUUUCUGAGUCUUCGUCAAUAUGUUCACAAAAUGAUUUUACUAAGGAUUCGAAGCAAAAAAGUCUAUCUCGAACAACCAGUAUAAAUAGCGAAGAAAAAAAAUCACCAUUUGUUUGGAAACCAAAUACAAAUUCAACUAUUCAAACACGUCGAUCAUCCAAAACUAAUAAUUUACCAUUAAUAUCUCCUGAAGAAAAUAUUCUAAUUGAUAAUCAUUGUCGAAGACGAACACUAUCAAAUUCAACUGAAGAAACAUCUAACAAUAUUAAAACUUCAACGGAAGCUCCACUAUCUGAAGUUCUUAUUUUUCGACCUAUUAUUCGUUUUGUUGAAGAAACAACAAAUGAUCAACAAUCUAAUAAUAGAACAUCAUUAAAAUGUAAUUGUUCAAUGGAUGUUGAAAAUGAAAUUAAAGGUGAAGAACAUCAUUCAAAUGGUGAUGAAUAUAGAGAAUCUCUAAUAAAUGUUGAUAUUAUUAAUCAAAUAAAUGUUUCAAAUGAUAGUCGUUCAUCAUCUCGAACAAGUACAGAUAAUCCUUGUAUUAUAAAUCCACAUGAAACAAAUCGAUCAUUCAUUGAACAACAAAUGAAAAAUGAACAACAAAAAUCUUCAUGUUUUCUUGAAACUCCACCACCAUCAUUACCGGAUAUUAAUUUAACGCAAGAAUCAGAAAAUUGUUUGGAUAAACCAUUUCAACAAUUGAAAUCGAAACGUAAACAAAAUCGACCGCAAAGAAAACAAACCGAAUUAAAUUCUCGAGAACAAAAUGAAGAAAUAAAUGGUUUUAUUAAUAAUUUAUUUUUAAAGGAACAAGAUAAUGAAAAUUUAUUGAAAAAAGGGAAUGAAACAUCUGAUCGAGGUUAUUUAUCUGAUGAAUAUAGUGAACCAAUAUCUUCGAAUAAUCAUUUAUUAUCAUUAGAAGAUUUAGAAAAUUUUUCAAUUUAUUUAGAAAAAAAUGAAUUUGAUAAAAAUGAAAAUUUAAAUAAUCAAGAUGAUCAAAUAUUAUAUGAAGAUUUGAUUAAAUUUAUUUAUAAUAAUAAUGAAAAUUAUAAUAAAAUAAAUAAAUAUCGCUUAGAAUAUUAUUAUAAUCAAAAGAAUCAACGCUUAAAUUUAAUAUCAAAUGUAUUGGAAAAAAUUUUUGAUUUAUUCCAUAAAAACAAUUUUAUUUAUCUAUUUCAAUUAAUUCCACGUGAAAUAAAAACACAUAUUAAAUUAUGUUUAAAGAAUGUUUUGUAUAAAAAUUUAAAUAAAAAUGAAAUUUUAACAAAAACUAAACGUUUAAAUAAUAUCCGUGAGAAAAAUCGAAAUAUAAAAAUGAAACGAUCAUCAAUUAUUAAUAUUAAAAAUGAAAAUGAAUCUUUAUUAAUUAAUGAUCAACAAAUAUUAUUAUCACCUUCUAGCCCAUUAACGUGUUUAUCUUCAAAAAUAGUCGAACAAGAAUCAAUUGAAGAAUUAUUAUCUCCAAAUAAUAAUUUAAUUAACUCGAAUCUUAUACAACAAAUGUCUUUUCUACCAAAAGAACGUGAUCUUUAUGAAGUCAUUCAUUGUUUAUGUAAUUUACAAGUUGAUAAUGGCUUUAUGAUUCAAUGUGAAUCAUGUUUGUGUUGGUCUCAUUGUACAUGUGUUGGUGUCACAACAAGCUGUAUUCCAGCAUUUUUUAAAUGUAAUAUUUGCACAAAAGUUGAAAAUGAAUGUACACUACAAUGGUCUAUUUCAUCGAUGUUGGAUGAUGAAACUACAACAUUAUUUUUAAACGCAUCAAUUAACCCGGAAAAAAUUUCUCUUUUUUUAUCAUAUUCUCGUCGUUUAUGGAAUUUAAGAGAACAAAUUAUUGAAUUAAAACUACAGUAUACACCAACACUAAGAUCAUUACAACAUUUUUUAAGAUGUGAUAAUUUAAUAGAAUUAUACGAUUAUGCCAAUAUUAAGUCAGAUGAAUUAAUGGCAAAAAUUCAAGAAAGAGAAAAUAAAAAAAUAUAUUUGGAAUCUAUUGCUGAAACAAUAAAUCAUAUUUUGGAUUCUGUUUGUUCAUCUAUAUCAAGUUCAUCAUGUUUAUCUAUUGAAUUAAUAGCAACGAGUCCAAUUAAAACAAAUAAACUGAAUGAUCAAAUGAAUAUUUUUCUGUGUCAUUUAUCUGACGAUGAGCAAACUCGACAAAUUCGUUUUUUGAUUCAAAAUCGUUAUGAACAUUUAAUGUCUCUUGUUGACAAUAAAAUUCAAAAUAUUCUUAUUGAACAUCAAAAUAUUCAAACUCAAAUGGCAUUUGAAUUUGGUAUAAUGCCAAAUAAUCUAUCAAACAAUCCUUUAUCGUAUGAUACACACGAAUUAACCUUAAGAACAGCUCUUGAACGCAUAAGAUCUUGA